UCUAAACUUAGAUAGCUCAACGCUGUUUGCUCAUUAUAUUAGUAUGGUAGCAAUGUCAGAAAAAGUAGGAAAUCUUAACAUUAAAAAGACCUUAAUCAAAGAAGGGAAUGGAAAGUUACCAAGAUUUGCUGCUGGUUCAAAAGCUACAUUUCAUUUCAAGACAAUUAUAGCUGCAAAGAAUUCAAAAGAUGAAGAAACUGUGCUUGAUGAUUCAAGAAAACAUUUUUCAAAACCAUUUGAACUCCUUAUCGGCAAGAAAUUCAAGUUAGAAUGUUGGGAGGUUUGCGUGAAGACUAUGUUGCAUCAAGAGGUUGCUCGCUUUGUAUGUCCAGUGGAUGAGGUGAUGGAUUACCCGACAAUAUCAAGGAGUUUGCGGGAUUUAUAUCAUGGCAAAGACCACACAUCACAUACUUGUGGAUUGCAUGCCAUUGAAGAUGGUUUAGGUUAUGAGGAUCUUAAUAUUCUUCAAAAACACAUGAAGCCACUUACGUUUGAAAUUGAACUGUUAAAGGUUGAAGAACCCAUGAUGUACGAGAAAGAGUUAUGGCAGAUGGAUGAAAAAGAAAUGCUUGCUAAUGUUCCAAAGUUUCAUGAGGAAGGAAACAAGCUUUUCAAAGCUGGUAACAUUACUGAUGCUGAAAAGAAAUAUGCCAAUGCCAUUGGCUGCCUUAAACAUUUACAAAUUAAGGAGAGACCUGGAACAGAUACAUGGGUUGAUUUGGAUAAACAACAGAUCCCACUUUUACUAAAUUAUGCUCAAUGUAAAUUAAACCAAGAUGAAUAUUCAGUUUGUAUAACCAACUGUACAGAAGUACUGGAGAAGAUAGAUGGUGCUAUGCGACAACACAACAUAAUUUUAAAUCAGGAUAAUGUAAAAGCCCUAUUCAAGCGUGGUAAAGCGCAUGCCAUGAUUCUUGAUGAGAAAGAAUGCAAAGCAGACUUUAACCGAGCGCUCAAACUUGACCCAACAAUUCGGGGUGAAGUAAAUCGUGAGCUUGCUGCCAUGGUAGCUCGACAGAAACAGCGUGACAAUGCACUUUCAAAACAUCUCAAGGGAAUGUUCAAUGCUGACAAACUUGAGUGAACAUUCAAGUCCAUCAGAACAUGAAAAGCUGCCAGUAGCAAAUUCUUCCGAAUUGUGUCAUAUAUGUUACAACUUGUACCCAAUGCAGUAUUUUAUUACCAAGUCUGCUACUUAGCUUAGCUAUCCUAUGGUUUUAAAGAUGAACUUGUCCUGUUUGAUUGUCUUAAUAAUACUGUUUGUCCCACUCGUUAUGUGCUGUUUUUUAUAUCUUUACCCCUUGAACAUGAUUUUUGUACAAGCUGUAUCACAUGAAACUGACACGCUUCAAAAUUUGACCAGUCAGCAUUUUAGAGUCUUAGAUACAAAUUGCACAUUAUAUUUGAAAUCUUUGUUGCAUUCCACCUUUCUGGACUGUGUGGAAUGUUAAUUCUAGUUUCAUAGUUCAAACGAUUGAAAUAUUCACAUUUCAACACACGAGGAUAAAAUCCUAUAUAUUGUGAUUUUAUAUUGCUCGUAUAUAUGCCUAUCGUCCGUUCGUUUGAUCAACAAAAAAUACAUUUCGCCCGGAGCGGAUUUGGGA